AUAUAUUUUAUACACUUUAUGUGUAUAUAUGUAUAUAUAUAUAUAUUUAUAUAUAUUAUAUACGGGUUAUAUAUAGUUUAGUUUUCUUCGUUUUUCGGUCUGAUUUAGAGAUAGUUCUCAUUCUCAAAGCAAUUCCGUUGGUGGCGGUAAUGCCCUCUGAAGCUCUGCAGUCUACCGCCAUUAGAAGAAGAAGAAGAAGAAGAGAAAAAAAAGCCCGCGAAUUGCCGUGAGACCUGCUUCCGGUACAGUGAGACCAGCUCCCGGUACAGUGAGACCUGCUCCCGGUACAGUGAGACCUACUCCCGGUACAGUGAGACCUGCUCCCGGUACAGUGAGACCUGCUCCCGGUACAGUGAGACCUACUCCCGGUACAGUGAGACCAGCUCCCGGUACAGUGAGACCUGCUCCCGGUACAGUGAGACCUGCUCCCGGUACAGUGAGACCUGCUCCCGGUACCAUGUCCCGCCUCCUGAACGGCAUCGUGGCGGUGUGUCCGGACCGGGGCAUCGGCAGGAGGGGAGAGCUGCCCUGGCACCCCGUUCGGCUCGCUAACGAAUUCAAACAUUUCCGACGGAUGACAUCGACGCCAUCUGUGAAAGACAAGCAGAACGUGGUGAUCAUGGGCAGAAGAACAUGGUUUUCCAUCCCGGAGAAGAACAGACCUCUGAACAACCGGAUCAACAUCGUCCUCAGCAGAGUCCUCAGAGCGCCCCCUGCAGGAGCACACCACCUAGCGCCAGACUUUAACUCGGCUCUCAAGCUGGUGGACGUGGACCUGGCAGACCGGGCGGACCAGGUCUGGGUCAUCGGGGGCAGCUCCCUCUACAAGGACCUGAUGGAGAGCCCGGGGACCAAGAGGCUGUUCGUCACGCAAAUCCUGAACCAGUUCGACUGCGACACGUUCCUCCCCGAGAUCAGCGCCGCCCGGUACCGUCUGCUGCCGCAGUUUCCAGGAGUACCCUCAGAGCUCCAGACGGAGAACGGCAUCCAGUACAGAUUUGAAGUCUAUGAAAGCUUUGAGCAAUGACGGCAACUAUAGCAUUUAUUAUAAAGCUAUUCAAAUAACACACGGGUUCAUAUAUUCAUGUUUAAUUUAGAACAUGAUCCACUGCCAGUUGUGAUCACAGCUCGUCUUCAACUUGUUCUGUCAAGUAAAUAAACAAAUGAACACACAA